GCGCCGUGAGUACGGAUAAGCGGAGCCGCGGCCGCGACCCUGACGUGGGUCACCAACCAUGUGGCGCUGCGGCGGGAGGGCGCCGGGCUUCCUGAGGCGGCGGAGCGGCGGGGCCAGCCCCGGAGCAUGGAGGAGGAGGGGCAGCAGCGCCUGUGAGAGGGCCCAGCAGCACAAGGUGGGAGAGCAGAUCCACGGCUUCACCGUCAGCCAGGUGACGGCCAUUCCUGAACUGUCCCUGACCGCAGUGAAGCUCAGCCAUGACUGCACAGGUGCAAAAUACUUGCACUUGGCCAGAGAAGACACCAACAACUUGUUCAGCGUGCAGUUCCGCACCACUCCCAUGGACAGCUCUGGUGUCCCGCACAUCCUGGAGCACACCGUCCUGUGCGGCUCUCACAGAUACCCAUGCAGAGAUCCUUUCUUCAAGAUGCUCAAUCGGUCGCUGUCCACUUUCAUGAAUGCCUUCACAGCUAGCGAUUAUACUCUAUACCCAUUUUCCACACAAAAUCCCAAGGACUUCCAGAAUCUGCUGUCUGUGUAUUUGGAUGCGGUUUUUUUCCCAUGCUUGCGGGAACUGGAUUUCUGGCAGGAAGGAUGGCGACUGGAACAUGAGAAUCCAAGGGACCCCCAGACACCCUUGACCUUUAAAGGCGUCGUCUUUAAUGAAAUGAAGGGAGUAUUCACUGACAAUGAGAGGAUAUUCUCGCAGCACGUUCAGAACCGACUCCUGCCUGACCACACGUACUCCGUGAUCUCCGGGGGCGAUCCCUUGUGCAUCCCAGACCUCACAUGGGAGCAGCUUAAACAGUUCCAUGCAACCCAUUAUCACCCCAGUAAUGCUAGGUUCUUCACUUAUGGCAAUUUUCCACUAGAACAGCAUCUGAAACAAAUUCACAAAGAAGCACUAAGUAAAUUUGAGAAAAUUGAGACAAACACUGCAGUGCCAGCUCAGAAGCCAUGGGAUAAACCAAGGGAAUUCCAGAUAACAUGUGGCCCGGACUCACUGGCUGCAGAUUCCUCUAAACAAACAACCGUCGGGGUCAGCUUCCUCUUACCAGACAUCACUGAUACAUUUGAAGCCUUCACGUUAAACCUCCUGUCUUCGCUCUUGAUCAGUGGACCCAACUCCCCUUUCUAUAAAGCAUUGAUUGAAUCUGGACUUGGUACAGACUUUUCUCCUGAUGUUGGGUACAACGGCUACACGCGGGAGGCCUACUUCAGUGUGGGCUUGCAGGGGAUCUCGGAGCAGGACACCCAGUCUGUGCGGGACAUCAUCGACAGGACGAUCGAGGAAGUCAUCGAGAAAGGAUUCAAAGAGGACCAAAUUGAGGCUCUCCUUCAUAAAAUUGAAAUACAAAUGAAGCAUCAGUCUGUCAGCUUUGGCCUCACCCUGACGUCUUACAUUGCCUCCUGCUGGAAUCACGACGGGGACCCUGUGCAGCUCCUGAAGCUGGGGAGUCAGGUGGCUCGAUUCAGGCAGUGCCUCAAGGAAAAUCCACAGUUUUUGCAAGAAAAAGUAAAACAGUAUUUUAAGAAUAAUCCGCACAAGCUGACUUUGUCAAUGACACCCGAUGACAAGUAUCUGGAGAAACAAGCACAGAUGGAGACAGAAAAACUAAAGCAGAAGGUCAACUCUCUUUCCCCGAAAGACAAGCAGCAGAUCUAUGAGAAAGGCUUAGAACUACAGGAUCAGCAGAGUAGACCUCAGGACGCCUCUUGUCUGCCAGCACUGAAGGUGUCAGACAUCGAGCCCACCAUGUCGUUCACGGAGUUGGAGGUGGCCCUGGCAGCUGGCGAGACCCCCGUGCAGUACUGUGCCCAGCCCACCAAUGGCGUGGUGUACUUCAGAGCAUUUGCCAGCCUGCACACCCUCCCGGACGAGCUCCGGCCCUACGUGCCGCUCUUCUGCAGCGUCCUCACCAAGCUGGGCUGCGGUCUUCUGGACUACAGGGAGCAAGCACAGCAGAUCGAGCUGAAAACGGGGGGGAUGACCGUGUUGCCCCACGUGCUGCCCGACAAUGCGCAUCUGGACACGUACGAGCAGGGUGUGCUUUUCUCAUCUUUCUGCCUCGAUAGGAACCUUCCGGACAUGAUGCACCUAUGGAGUGAAAUAUUCAACAGCCCGUGCUUUGAAGAAGAAGAACACUUCAGAGUGUUGGUAAAGAUGUGCGCUCAAGAGCUGUCCAACGGGAUCCCGGAUUCAGGGCACCUGUACGCGUCCGUCAGGGCGAGCAGGACCCUGACGCCCACGGGGGACCUGCAGGAGACCUUCAGCGGGAUGGAGCAGGUGAAGUUGAUGAAGAGGAUCGCAGAGAUGACAGACCUCGGGCCGGUGCUGAGGAAGCUGCCGCACAUCCAGAAACACGUGUUACACCGGGACAACAUGAGGUGCUCCAUGAAUGCUACACCUCAACAGAUGUCUCUGGCAGAAAAAGCAGUAGAAAAGUUCAUUAGAAGCCUCAGUCGGAGUAAAACAGAAUGGGAGCCUGUGUGCCCGUAUGUGGUCGAGAAACCUGCUCCUGGUGGAUCCAGCGUAAGCUCCCACGUGAGCGGCCCCCGAGUCCUAAGGAAGCUGAUCACAGACCCCACAUUCAAACCAUGGCAGACGAAGACGCACUUCCUGCUGCCCUUCCCGGUGAACUACGUGGGCGAGUGUGUUAGGACGGCCCCCUUCACAGACCCGGACCACGCCAGUCUUAAGAUCCUUGCACGUUUGAUGACUGCCAAAUUCUUGCAUACAGAAAUCCGAGAGAAGGGUGGUGCUUACGGUGGAGGCGCCAGACUCAGCCGUGAUGGGGUGUUCACACUUUACUCGUACCGGGAUCCACGUUCAACAGAGACGCUGCAGUCUUUCUCUGAGGCUGUGGACUGGGCUAAGGCAGGGAGGUUCACGCAGCAGGACAUUAACGAAGCAAAGCUUUCUGUUUUCUCCGUCGUGGACGCCCCCGUGGCUCCUUCAGACAGAGGGCUGGACCACUUCCUGUGUGGCCUCUCGGAUGAGAUGAAGCAGGCGCACCGGGAGCAGCUCUUCGCCGUCAGCCGCGAGGGUCUCAUCGACGUGAGCACCAAGUACCUUGGCGUUGGGAAGAGCACACAUGGGUUGGCUCUGCUCGGACCAGAGAACGCAGAGAUCGCUAAGGAUCCGUCGUGGAUAGUAAGAUAGCGAGCAGUUCUGACUGUACGCAGGGGUUGAGCGGCACUGGCCGGCAAGUGAGGCUGCUGAAAAUGAAGCCUGAGCUCAUUUAGUUGGGAAGGUGAGAGAAGUUACUGGUUCCCUGCACAUUUUGCUCACAUCAUUCUUAAAAUUUUGCGUGGCCCAGUUAGACCAAGCUCUUCUGUCCUCGAAGGAAAGAUCAUGAAGAAAUGAAUUGAAAUCAUCAUGUAUUAAGUGCUGGAGAUGCACAAAUUAUUCUAAGAAAUGGAUAUGUUUAUUUUACCUGGAACACUUAACUUAUUUUUAAAACGUAAAAAUAAAAGACAACUCUGACCUGA